AGCAGACAACCUUUUCCCCGAGCGCGUAACCCUAGCCGGGACCGGGAGGGUAAUAUCCUCAAUCCCCUGCAGACGGGCGAUCUGCCGCUGUUCCUUCCCGGCUAAGGCUAAGCCGCGCGCGCCACCCUUCAUUGCUCGCUCGACACACGGAAUCAGCUAGGAUAGUUUGCACGAUGACUGCAAAAACCAGUAGGGAGGAGAGAGGCAGCAGCAGUGGCAAGUGGUCUGGGGUGAGAGCGACCGAAGCUGCGAUGAAGAUGUGGAAAGUUCGCAAAGCUAUCAUAAAGCAGGCUCAAGCUAAGGAACAGUUCUUCAGGGAAAAGGAACCUAACCGACAUGUUACUCCAUUCAAACCCACAAAAUUUGGUGGCUGCGUCCAGGAAAUUUCAGAUUCGCAUUUCAGCCACAGUGUUGUCUCAAUUGCUCUUCUCCAGGGAGAAAAGAUAGUAUUCGCAUGCUCCGGAACAGCCGUACGACGCUGGAACAAUAUAAUACAAGAUCCCCAUACAGUAUUUGUGAGUAGCUCACGUUUGGUGGUGGAAUUUGAGAAUAACAGAACCAGAGAUGAUGAUUUUGUGGUUCAAGUCCGUCGUCCUGAUGGUACAACUAUCCAUGGGUUGUUGGGCUUAUGGGAUGAAAAAAUGGAAAUUGCUAUUGUCACGGCCUUCAACACCCGAUAUCUCUACCCUGUGGAUACAUGUGGCCCUCUGGAUCUGCACCGAGACGACACGCAUAAGCUUAAUCUAUUUGCAGCUGGUCGUGACUUCAACGGCACUUUGAUGAGCAUAAAAUGCAAUGAUCCUCAUUUCAAAGAUGGCAUUGGGUUUUGCAAAUGUGGUGUCACAUAGGCUGGACUUGGAGGGCCAGUUAUACUAUUUAAUGGUGGUGAAGGGCGCUUUGCUGGGGUGAUAACUAAGUUGUGUCAAGGCGGUUUCUUGUUCAUACCAACGGAGCUACUUCAUGAACGGUUGCAGCAAUUUGAGAUACCCAGGUAUUAUCU